CGCCUGGCAUUGUUGCAUUUGUGUAAGGACAACAUUUUUUUUCAUGCUUUACAUCUAACUUUCACUCAUUCAUCUAUCAUAAGUUUUCCCCCGGUUAUAAUACCUGUGUUUUUUUUUCCCUUGUCUUCGCCUGCUUCACCAGGUUGUUUUUUUCAAUGUUGCAGAUGACGGUGCUAUUCAUCUUGUAAUAUUUAAAGUAACAGCCAACAGGACCUGUGUGUGUCCCACCCCACGCACCACCACGGCCCUCACGUGUGUGUUGCGCUGUUUCCCAUGUGAGCCGUCCUGGGCCGGGAGCCCCUUCGUGCAACGUGCACCAAGCCCGCCUAUGCUCACCAUGACGCGCUCCAAAACCUUCCAGGCCUACCUUCCCACCUGUCACCGCACCUACAGCUGCAUCCACUGCCGCGCACACCUCGCCAACCACGACGAGCUCAUCUCGAAGUCUUUUCAAGGGAGCCAAGGCAGAGCGUAUCUUUUCAACUCUGUGGUGAAUGUAGGUUGUGGUCCAGCAGAAGAGCGAGUGCUCCUCACUGGUCUGCAUGCAGUAGCAGACAUCUACUGUGAGAACUGCAAAACAACACUAGGUUGGAAAUAUGAGCAUGCCUUUGAGAGCAGCCAGAAGUAUAAGGAGGGUAAGUUCAUCAUCGAACUGGCCCACAUGAUAAAGGACAAUGGAUGGGACUGAUGUCAGAGGGAGCUGUGAUGGAGUAGGAUGAAGCCAGUUCAGAUGCUGGCUGUGUGGGUAAACAAGUGACGCUGGUUUUUCAUGUCGCCUUCUCUUUUGUAUUCUAUUUACCAUUUCUCUCUCUCUUACACUCACACACACGCACACACACCCACACAAACACUCCUUGUUCCAGGGUUGCAAGUGUAAAGUCAAGGGUUCUGAAUAAGGUAGAGUGGAGAGGCAGUUCCAGGAACAGUGUAUGUGCUUGUGUGAUCGCUAAAUAAGGAACAUGUGAACACAUCCAAUCAAAGGUGUGUAAACAUGUGCACUCGCCUGGAUAUAUAUAUUUACACCAAACUAGUUAUUAGCGUGUCCCGCCCAUUCUAGCCCAAGAUAACCCAAUGUGUUCGUGUGCAUCUGGGGGACCCAUCAAACUUGGCAGGGUUGGUGGGGGGGGGCUUCACAGAAAUAAGAGAGUCUUUAUAGGAGAGUGUUAAGGUGAUUAUCCCAAAUCCAGCUGAGUUUGGCCACUGCCAGCACGGGCCAAUGACGACAGGUCUCUGAAUAGGCCUCUGAUGGAGACAGCCAAUGAAAAAGGCCCAUAUGAGGUGUGAAACAAGUCACAUUGGCAGGCAGUGCUUUUUUGUUUUUGUUUUUUUAAAACAGGACUGCCCUGUUUCACACUAACAUCUGAUUCAUUCUGAGUAGUUCUCCUUUGCUCAUAUGUACAAAAGUGAAUGUUAACCAGUAUAUGUAACAGGAUACAUGGUGUAUUAAGACCUAAAAAUCUGUAUUCAGCGUUAGCCGUUAGUUGCCUGCGCUAGUCCUGCUUUUGUUGCUUGAAUAUAUUUUUAGGAAUUACAAUACCGCCGGGCAACAAGGACGGGAUUUUCAGAGCUUUCUCACAUGACGUGUAGAAGACGAGGUACAACACUGUAAUACUGCCUCCUAAAACACAAUCUGGAAAAUAACUCCAGAGAUUAAAGCCAGUUAACAUUGACACCAUGAUGGUGCGUCCACAUCAACCAAAGAACGCGGGUCCAACUAUAACGAGUUAGACGAACACCAGAAAGGCUGUAGGGACAUGAUGGGCCUUGUCUUUACCAGGCAAUUGGUACAUCAAGUGCUGCAGAAAUGCAGAAACACUACAAACUCUUUCAUUCAUCGUGCGAUCUGCACUGCAAGGCGGUUAGCAAAAUAUAAUUAUAAGAAUGUGGCCGUUAAUUCACAUUUUCCAGGCCGAUUAUAUUAUUCAUACUUUCAACAAGCAGCACAAAAGCAUAUCACAAAAUGACAUCAAUCUAUACAUAUAUAUUAUUUUUUAUUUAUGCAGCUCUCUGGCCUCAGGUUUAAGUAUUUUGAGUUUUCUAAGUACUCACUCCAUAUAUACAUCUGGUAUGGGUGAAUCUGAGGAAGAUGUAGCUAUAAUCAGAAAAUUCUGUACAGUAUCAAAUGUAUCGCUGUCAUUAUUGUGCAUUUCCAGCAUGCAUUUGGUUCAUGAACACACCGAAAUACCCAGCGAUUACCGUAAAGCUCCGACACCUGCAGGUUUUGCGUGACGCCAGGUGCCAAAAGACCAAAACGUGUUGUGUGAUCCUAAAAAAAUGCUGUAGUGCUGCAUGUGUCCGUCUUUGUGUGCACCGAUGAAGAUCAGGGUUUAAGAAGUAAAAAGUAGCUUCAGGCUAGUUUUUGGUCUCUGAGUUAUUUCUUUCUUCUUUUUUUUUUUGGAUAGAUAUUAAUAUAUUUCAGCACUUACAUGUAUAUUAAUUAGAGGAAUCACUGUUUAGGUUGAUCUUUGUUGUGUUUCCGACUGUAAAUAAAACAUAUACGGUUUGUUAUUUAUGACCUCUGAUAUUAUAUUGUGCUUUCUGUCUGGAGCCCUAAUUGGGUGUGCAAUAUUUGCCUCGUUUUGUUGUUGUUUUCUUUUGGUUUUUUUUUACUAUUGACAAAUGUUUCGAGCUUUGUGUCUUUUAUAAAAGAAUCAUGAUUAUAUAUUAACUACUGCUGGAGCUCGAUCUCAAUUAAAAUAUGAAACAUGGUAAGUUA